AUGAACACAAACACUUCUGCAACUCGUAUUUCUGGAAGCAACAGUGACAUUAAUGCAACUGAUUAUACAGAUAUUGCACAAGAUUUUGUUGCCCUUGCUCCUUCUCUCCAGGAAAGAAACCAAUCGCUGUUUAACAGUGCCAAUCAAGCCUCUUUGGACGAAGUCCAUGGUCAAGAAACGGCACGAGAGGUUUUCACUCUUACUCCCUACCAACAAAAAAGAAACCAAGAUGUGAUUACCAGUACCGACAUGGCUUUUUUGAAUGCAGUCCACGAUCAAGACAUUAGUAGAGCCGAAGAAAAUGAUUUUGAAGCAUUCAUGGCUCCGGGAAGUGUGCACAGUAUUAGUAAUUCAUUAGAUGUCAGAUUCGACAAUAAUUAUACUGAACCCAACGAAGCUGAAUACAAUGAUAGUAAUAAUAGCAAUGACUAUUCGUAUGAAUCUGUUCAUGGAUAUUUGCGUAUUUGCAACCCAGUAAAUAUAAACACUCUUCCAAUCGAGUCUGAUUUUGUUACCAAGAACGUGAACCAAGAGUCUCACGUCCCUUUUUAUGAGCCUAAUACAUAUGCAGAGGCUGCUACCCUAGAGUUAUUCUAUAUGUUUGUUGAGAAUAACAUAUCUCGCAAUGUUUUUGACAAGUGUAUUAAGAUUGUAAAUAAAUACAUGGCAGAACGCGGAUUGCCUGCGACAAAUGCACUCCUGUUGUAUUACAAGAUGGACAAGAUAUUGAAGGAUGAAUACACUGUUUGUACAGCCACUUAUGACAUGUGCAUGGAAAGUUGCAUCCGUUUCCGUGAUGUAGAAGCCAGUAAUCUGAUAGACGAGGAAGAACAGUGUUCUCACUGUGGUAGCCAAUGGUUCAGACGUGAGAGAGAUACUCUGGUCCCUGUGCAGACUUUCAAGGUUGUGCAUCUCUUGCAACAACUGAGAUUCAAGCUGGAGAAUAGUCAAGAACGUGCCAAAAUGGCGUAUGAUGUGUUCAAUGGUGGUGCUGUCCGCAGACUGUGUGAAGGCGGUAUAGUUGGCCAGGAUGACAUCUUAGUUACUAUGUUUGUUGACCAGUUCAACCCCUUUGAUAAUACCAAGAUGUUGGCAACUAUAAUUCAUGUUGUCAAUCUAAAUAUCGAUCCAAAAGAAAGGGAUAUAGAGUCAUUCCUUGAGCCGAUCAUUGAGGAUUUUCGUAUGCUGGCCACUUUGGGUAUCCAGAUUCAGACUGUUGCCAGACAAAUUAAUGUAAAGGUUCAUCUUGUCAUGGCAACUGCUUGCCUUUCCAAAGGUGUUUCCAAACAUCACACGAUGUGUUUUUUUGGUGAUGAAUUGCCUGUUUGUAUGAGAACUGUAGAAAAUCUCCGUCAAUUUGAGGGAAAUAGUUACGGUGUCAAUGGUCCAAAUGUUUUCAGGGAUCUUUCUACACUGACUAGUUCUGCUUUCUUUGGACUCAAUGAGAUGUAUUUACUUGGACAUAGUAUAGGCAAACAACUACACAAAGCAUUGGGUGGAAAGUUUCAGAUCAGUCCCGAGAUUGCAGACAAUGGAGACCAGCAGCAACCACAGCAACAGCAACAACAGCAACAGCAAAGCGUAUACACAUUUGCCCUAAAUUUCAGGCCUAACCAGAUCGACAGAUCCAUUACCAAGUUCAGGGCAGACAUCUCCGCAAUAUUUACUGGUAGUUGGCAAUCACUGGAGGAAACAACCAGUCAACUGGUUGAACUUCCUUCUGUUUGUUGUGCCAAUGGUGGUGACCUGGUAAAGGCCUGCACUAUUGCCCAGCAGUGGAAAGUGACAGAGAGAGAAGUCAACAUCAUGGAAGAGUUAAAGCCCACAAUUUUUGUGAUGAACCAGCACAUGCUGGCUCAUCUCGGCUACAUGAUGAGAGAGAUGGGCCUGCUGCGAGCGUACAGCUGCCACCCAAUCGAACGCACCAUCGGUGAAUACAGGGCAGCAAUUGGGUCUUGGAAGGAACCAGGGAAAAAUAUGGAAAACAUCCUGUUCCAUAAGGCCGGGGUCAAACAUUGCCUUGGUGGUUGGGCCUCCCGUAGAAGAACAACGAACAGGAAAACCAGCAACUUCGAAGUUGCAAGUAAUGAUAUUGCUGGCCCCCAACUUUGGACAAACCAGACCAGAAAUUCUUUGGCUGUUGUGGCAGAUGAGUGUGGAAUGAACUACCACAAUCUAGUUAGUUCAUUAGCAUGUAUUUGGGGCCAAGACAGCGUGUUUAUGGUUGCAGAAACCACUGACAUGGUUUGCAUCACAAAGAUGUGGAAGGACGAUGUGGUAUACAGAGUCCAAUCUUCAUUUGAAGGCAGACAUGUUCAAGCCAAUGACCUUGUUGUUCUCAAACACCUGAAUGAAGACCAGGCUCUUUGCCAUUGUCAACUGUCUGUGUGGCAUCUGGCCCAACAAUGA